CUCGGCGGGGCCCCCGGCUCCCAGGAGCUCUGGAGCCCCAGGACCAUGAAUACUCUCAACAGGAACCAAAAGGGACCCUUGGACCUGAUUGAGACAGGUAAAGGGUUGAAAGUGCAGACGGACAAACCCCAUCUGGUUAGCCUUGGCAGUGGGCGACUCAGCACAGCUAUCACUCUCUUGCCGCUGGAGGAAGGGAGGACAGUGAUUGGCUCUGCAGCCAAGGACAUCUCCCUGCAGGGCCCAGGCCUGGCCCCUGAGCACUGCUAUAUCGAGAAUGUGCGGGGCACCCUCACCCUCUACCCAUGUGGCAAUGUCUGCACUGUUGAUGGGCUUCCUGUCAGGCAGCCCACCCGGCUCACUCAGGGUUGUAUGUUGUGCCUGGGCCAGUCCACCUUCCUACGCUUUAACCACCCAGCUGAAGCCAAGUGGAUGAAGAGCAUGAUCCCAGCAGGGGGCCGGGCCCCCGGGCCCCCCUUCAGUCCUGGCCCUGCAGAGUCAGAAAGCCUGGUGAAUGGGAACCAUACCCCACAGCCUGCAACCCGGGGACCCUCAGCCUGUGCCAGCCACAGUUCCCUUGUGAGCUCCAUUGAAAAGGACCUGCAGGAAAUCAUGGACUCACUGGUGCUAGAGGAGUCUGGAGCUGCUGCCAAAAAACCUGCUGCGACUUCCCCCCUGUCUCCAAUGGCCAAUGGUGGACGCUACCUGCUAUCUCCCCCAACCAGCCCAGGUGCCAUGUCUGUGGGCUCCAGCUAUGAGAACACCUCUCCAGCUUUCUCUCCACUCUCCUCACCAGCCAGCAGUGGAAGCUGUGCCAGCCACUCGCCAAGCGGACAGGAGCCAGCACCUUCCAUGCCCCCGCUGGUGCCUGCCCGUUCCUCCAGCUACCAUUUGGCUCUGCAGCCCCCACAGUCCCGACCAAGUGGUGCCCGCUCCUCUGAGAGCCCUCUGUUGGGCAAGAAGGGGUGUCUUGAGAGACCUUCCAGCCCUGGCCUCCGUGGUCUGCUGACAGACAGUCCUGCAGCCACUGUGUUGGCAGAGGCCCGUAGAGCCACUGAAAGCCCCCGGUUGGGUGGGCAGUUGCCUGUGGUAGCUAUCAGCCUGAGUGAAUAUCCUGCUUCCAGUGCCCACACUCAACCCACUAGCAUUCCUGGGAGCCCUAAAUUACAACCUCCGGUCCCCGCUCCCCGAAACAAGAUCGGCACACUCCAGGACCGUCCUCCCAGCCCUUUCCAUGAACUGUCAGGCAGCGAUCGAGGGUUGACAACCAGCCCUUCACGCCAGCUGGUGGGCCGAACAUUUUCAGAUGGGUCAGUCACUCGAACCCUGCAGCCUCCUGAGAGCCCACGCCUAGGCCGACGGGGUUUGGACAGCAUGCGAGAACUCCCUCCCUUGAGCCCAUCUCUGUCCCGACGGGCUCUGUCUCCCAUGCCAUCCCGGACCACUCCAGAUCCCAAGCUAACCAGGGAAGUGGCAGAAAGUCCCAGACCCCGGCGCUGGGCAGCUCAUGGGACUUCACCAGAGGACUUCUCCCUGACACUGGGGGCCCGGGGCCGUAGGACACGGAGCCCUUCACCAACACUUGGGGAGUCUUUAGCACCCCGUAAAAGUAGUUUCAGUGGUAGGUUGAGCCCCGCCUACAGCCUGGGCUCUCUGACUGGGCCUUCACCCCGUCAGAGCCCCCGUGCCCAGAGGAAGCUCUCGAGUGGGGACUUGAGGGUGCCUGUCACUCGAGAGAGGAAAAAUAGCAUCACAGAGAUCAGUGACAAUGAGGACGAUCUUCUGGAGUACCACCGGCGGCAGCGCCAGGAGAGGCUUCGGGAGCAGGAAAUGGAGAGGCUGGAACGCCAGCGCCUAGAGACCAUCCUGAACCUUUGUGCUGAGUAUAGUCGGGCGGACGGUGGACCCGAGGCUGGGGAACUACCCAGCAUCGGAGAAGCCACUGCAGCACUGGCGCUGGCAGGCCGGAGGCCCUCCCGAAGCCUUUCGGGGGCCACAGGGCGGAACGAGGACUCUGGAAGUGCCACCCAACGCCUGUGGGAGAGUUUGGAACGCUCUGAUGAGGAAAACCUCAAGGAAGAAUGCAGUAGCACUGAGAGCACCCAGCAGGAGCAUGAAGAUGCACCGAGCAUCAAGCUCCAGGGAGAGGCACUGGCUUUGGAAGAAGAGAGAGUUCAGGCGCUGGGGAGAGUGGAGCAGCUCAAGGUCCGAGUGAAGGAACUGGAACAGCAGUUGCAGGAAUCAGCUCGAGAGUGUUGCCCCCAGGCUGAAAUGGAGCGGGCCCUGCUACAGGGGGAGAGGGAUGCAGAGCGAAUGCUGCUGCAGAAAGAGCAGAAGGCACUGGACCAGCUGCAGGAAAAGCUGGUGACCUUGGAGACGGGCAUCCAGAAGGAGAGGGACAAGGAGAGGGCGGAGCUGGCCGCAGGACGGAGGCACCUGGAGGCCCGCCAGGCGCUCUACGCCGAGCUCCAGACACAGCUCGAUAACUGCCCCGAGUCAGUACGGGAACAGUUACAGGAGCAGCUGAGAAGGGAGGCUGAGGCCCUGGAGACUGAGACAAAGCUCUUUGAGGACUUGGAGUUCCAGCAAUUGGAGCGGGAGAGCCGCCUGGAAGAGGAGCGAGAGCUGGCGGGUCAGGGACUGCUCCGGAGCAAAGCGGAGCUGCUCCGAAGCAUCUCCAAGAGGAAGGAGCGCCUGGCUGUCCUGGACAAUCAGGCUGGGCAGAUACGGGCCCAAGCUGUGCAAGAUUCUGAGCGUCUGGCCAGAGACAAGAAUGCUUCUCUGCAGCUGCUGCAAAAGGAGAAGGAGAAGCUGACAAUGUUGGAAAGAAGAUACCACUCGAUCACAGGGGGCAGGCCUUUCCCGAAGACCCCACCAACACUCAAGGAGGCUGAACUGCUCAUCUCUGAGUCCUCAGAGGUGGGGCUGGGGACUGUGACUCUGGCCCCACUCCUGGGGUCUUCUCAGGCUGAGGCCUCCUCUAUCCCCUUAACCUCACCUGCUUCCACUGAGCUCUACCCCAAAGCUCAAGAGGAAUAUUUGAGCCUGGCUGAGGCCAUCCAGCUGUGCUCCCGCUUGGAUCCUUACGCUUCUGCCACCUCCCCCAGCGCACUCACCCAGCCCUUUCCUGACAGUGAGUACGUGACGCUUGAGCAGCUAAAGGCCAUGUGGGGCUCCUCGCCUGCACCCGCAGCCCCUGCACCAGGCCUGCCUGUCUGGGCCUCUACCUCUCGGGACCUGGUUCCCACCACCCGCCUUCCUACCGUGCUGCCCUCUUCCUCCUCCUUCGCUUCUGUCACGCCUUCACCCAAGAUGGAGAAGCUGCUACUCCCUGCUGUAGACUUAGAACAGUGGUACCAGGAACUGAUGGCCGGGCUGGGGACUGGCCCUGGUGCAGCUUCCCCUCGCUGCUCCCCCCCACCUCUACCUGCCAAAGCUUCCCGUCAGCUGCAGGUUUACCGUUCCAAGGUGGAUGGUGAGGCCACUAGCCCCCUGCCCCGGACCCGCAGCGGGCCCCUACCCUCUUCUUCGGGCUCUUCCUCCUCCUCUUCCCAGCUCAGUGUGGCGACCCUGGGUCGGAGUCCCUCCCCAAAGAGCACUCUACUUCCCCAGAAUUGCACCGGCAGCCUACCCCGCAACCUGGCUGCCACACUACAGGACAUUGAGGCCAAACGCCAACUGGCCCUGCAACAGAAGGUCGAGUCGGUUCCCGCCGAGCCCCUCCCAACCGACGACCCAGCAGGACAGCAGGUGAUUGAGGAGCAGCGGCGGCGACUGGCGGAGUUGAAACAGAAAGCAGCAGCUGAGGCACAGUGCCAGUGGGAUGCCCUGCAUGGUGCAGCUCCCUUCUCAGCAGGCCCCUCAGGCUUCCCUCCACUUAUGCACCACUCCAUCCUGCACCACCUACCCGCUGGGCGGGAGCGUGGGGAGGAGGGUGAGCAUGCCUAUGACACACUGAGCCUGGAGAGCUCUGACAGCAUGGAGACCAGCAUCUCCACAGGGGCCCAUUCAGCCUGCUCCCCUGACAACAUGUCCAGCACCAGUGGCCUGGAUGGGGGCAAGAUCGAGGAGAUGGAGAAGAUGCUGAAAGAAGCCCAUGCGGAAAAGAGCCGGCUCAUGGAAUCCAGGGAGCGUGAAAUAGAGCUGCGGAGACAAGCUCUGGAAGAAGAGCGCAGGAGGCGGGAGCAGGUGGAACGGAGGCUGCAGAGCGAGAGUGCCAGGAGGCAGCAACUGGUGGAGAAGGAGGUCAAGAUGCGGGAGAAGCAAUUUUCCCAGGCACGACCCCUGACCCGCUACCUGCCAAUCCGGAAGGAGGACUUCGAUCUGAAGACCCACAUUGAGUCAUCAGGCCACGGGGUUGAUACCUGUCUGCAUGUGGUGCUCAGCAGCAAGGUCUGCCGAGGCUACUUGGUCAAGAUGGGCGGCAAGAUCAAAUCGUGGAAGAAGCGCUGGUUUGUCUUCGACCGGCUCAAGCGCACCCUUUCCUAUUAUGUGGAUAAACAUGAGACAAAGCUGAAGGGGGUGAUAUAUUUCCAGGCCAUCGAAGAGGUAUAUUAUGACCACCUGCGCAGUGCAGCCAAGAGUCCAAACCCAGCCCUCACCUUCUGCGUGAAGACCCACGAUCGACUAUACUACAUGGUGGCACCCUCUGCAGAAGCCAUGCGCAUCUGGAUGGACGUCAUUGUCACCGGGGCCGAGGGCUAUACUCAGUUCAUGAACUGACCUGUGUGGCCACUUGGACCCACAGCCUGUCCACCUGCUGCUCUCCUCAGCCCUGGAGAUUGACUCACACCCAGGCACACCCCCUAGUAGCCAUCGAAUGGCAGAGCACGCCUGGGGCUUUUGUACAAGACUUUGUAAUGUUCUGUAAGGAGCUCCAUCCUGUGAGUUUCUGAAUUCAAGCCCCUUAAGAACCAGCCAGGAAAUGAAAGGUGGGAAGGGGGCUUUGCUGCCUCCUGGGAGUCCAGAACUUACAUAAUCCUUCCAGCUUGGUGGGCCAGGGUUGGGGCCUUCAGUUCUGAUGUUGUGCCUGUGCUCCCCAGCCCAUUCUCAUUUGUAAAGGUCAAGUUAUGGUACCAGAAUCUGCCAAAGAUCCCCUCUCGCCUCAGUCCCCUUUGCAGAGGCUUGGGGGUUAGCAGAGUAACAUCUAGAGUGGGGUGACAGCUCAGGCAGUGUACUUCUCAAACCUCACUCUCCCUUGUUCUUUCCCCAUGUUUAUAUUUUGCUUCAGGGCUAGAGACCUUGAGUGUCACCCUUGAGGCCCCAUCCUUAACCCCUUGUUGCAGCUCCAGCACCAUGGUCACUAUGCGUCUCACCAUGGUCACACACUAACUGCCAUGGCUUGGCCCACCACCUUAGCCAUGGGCCCUGCUAAGGGAAUGUGCCAUCAUCUCUCCAGCCCAGGUUCUUGGGCAACUCACCCUAGGGGGAAAGGACAGAAUACCUUCUCCCUGCCCCCCUCCCCUGCAGGUAUCUCCAGGACCAGCCUGCUCGCCUCCCAAUCCAGUCCUCUCCCUUCCACUUGUGCCUUUAUUAGACCCAGAAGGGAUGAAGCCCAAGGAUCUAGAGACCAGGGGAGGAAGAGGGAGGACCCUCUUUUGGAGCCUCUGUCAGGCAGCUGAUCAUGUGCUCCUUGAGGAACUGCCUGAGCAGGGGAGGAAGCAGCAGAGGAGGGACCUGCAGUCCACUGCCCUCCUUCCAGCCUUUUCUUAGGGCAAUGAAAAUGGAGAGCAGAAGCAGGCCUCCCAUCAGCUGGCCUCAACACUAAGCCCUUUGCGCCUUAACACUAAGCCCCGCUCCCUCCCCUCCUUCCCAGCACCAGGCCCAUUGCUACUGGGCCUGGGCUGGGUGUUUUUCAGUAUUUGUAAGUGUCUCAGUAAAACAAUAAAGCAUUUGGAGUAUGUUUAAAAGGC